AUGCAUGAGAUAAGCUUUUCGAGUAACAAUGACUACAUAAAGGCGUUCAUCACCAUCCAGAACGGAACAUUCAAAUCACAUCACAGUACCACUGUCAAUGUGGAUCUUAUGGUAUAUCAGAACGUUACCAGCGGGAUGGUUGUAGCUGUGUCCCUGGAUUUCAAAACCGAUGGCGGGUACCAGAGAUUGGUUUCUACAGAAAUAGAUUUUUGCGCUCCGGGCGUCUCCUACGCGGAUGAUCCAAUGUUAAGCAUUUUGAUCGAAACGGUGAAGCUCUACGGCAAUAUAACCAUCACCUGUCCGUUCUUUGCGGAAUAUUAUGUCCUCAAGGAAUACCCACUUGAUGCUAACAAAAACAUCAUCAACCUUGCGCCACCUGGAAAUUUUCGCGUAGGCGUCGCAGCAAAGCAUAGAGUAUCUCGAAGGAAAGCUAUUCCGGUCUUCAAUGCCAUAAUGGAUAUUUCCAUUGUUGCUGAUGAGGGGGAAGAUAUCGAGGGUGCUGCCACUGCUGACGAUGAUGACGAGGAUCUAGAAGAUUUUUAGCUUGGGUUUAUAUACGAGGGGUUAUUUGCGAGGCUAGUAAAUUGCAACUAGCACUUGCGUCUAUCCGAUUUUCCUGAAUGAAAGUAACCGUUUAAAAAGAAAUAGAUUGACUAUAUUCUGUAGUGACAGAAUUAAUAAGUUCUUAGUUGGUUUUUGUAUGACCAUAUAGUCGGUGUUCAAUCAGACCUGACUAAGUAACAAAAUAAGAAAAAAAUGAAU